UACAACCACAUGGGAAGGAGAUCCCUGGCAAAGACACUGACAGAAAUGAUGGCCCGAGGGAAAGAGACGACCGAACGAUGAGGAGUUUCCUUGGAGUGACUGCCCAUUUGCUGGCUCCUCAUCCGAAGACUCAAACAUACCAGCUCUUAUCCAUCCUGCUGACAUGUCAGAAGUUCAAGGGAAGGCACACAGGAGAGGCCAUUGCAAGGUCUUUUGACAAUGUCCUUGAAGACUUUGGUAUUGGCAACAAGGCGGAGUUCAUUGUGACGGACAAUGCGUCCAACAUGAAACGCGCAUUCUCCUUGGAAUUUCCGGAGAUAGACCCGUCUGGAGCCGAAGGGGAGGAAGGGGCUGGUGUAGAUGAUGGCGACCUCUGGGAGGACCAGGAUGAAGAGGAUGCGGGGGCUGUGAGACAGGCAUUGAUCUUGGCCUCUAAACACAGGAUCCCAUGCUUUGCCCAUACACUCCAAUUAGUCAUCGGAGACGGUCUUCUCCCAAGGUUUGAGGAGCGUUUUGGUGUGGACCGAACAAUACCAGCUGCGAACUCUACACGCUGGAGCUCUGUCUUUCUUCAACUCAAAGCUCUACAGAACCUACCAGGAAUUGAUUGUCGAGCGAUUGCUGAAAUCUGCGAGCCGGUGGAGUUCAACAACCUCGUUCUCACACGCCAAGAGUGGGCUCAACUUGCUGAAUUGACGACGAUUCUGGAGCCUUUUGCUGAUGCAACAACACUCACACAAGGUGAUCAGACAGCAACCAUUACAAUGGUGGUGCCAGCCAUCCUAGACCUGGAACAAUCAUCUUUGCAAGUGGGCAGAUGA